ACAGUGUUGAACUUAUUAACUAGGGUUUCUCAGUUGUCUUGCAGACACAACUCCUUCCAUAGUCUACGAUCCAACUCAUCUCAUCACUGCAGAGCAGAGCGUUGGUUGUGAAACAUAAUAUAUCUGCUGAUAAUCCAUCAGGCUUCCUAACUUCAUACAGGUUAUGCCCAUCAUGGAAAAUCACAAUUCCAAUGUUUCACGAGCUGAAGAGAUCAAAGUCCUCGCUAAUGAAGCAUUUAAAGCCCACAAAUAUGCUCAAGCUAUUGACUUGUAUACUCAAGCAAUACAACUAAACGGCCAGAAUGCUGUGUAUUGGGCCAACCGUGCAUUUGCCCACACUAAACUGGAGGAGUAUGGUAGUGCCAUACAGGAUGCUACUACGGCUAUUGAAGUGGAUCCAAAAUAUUCAAAGGGUUAUUACAGAAGAGGAGCUGCUCAUCUUGCCAUGGGGAAGUUUAAAGAAGCACUAAAAGAUUUCCAACAGGUCAAAAAGCUUUGCCCUAAUGAUCCUGAUGCUAGCAAGAAACUAAAGGAAUGUGAGAAAGCAGUGAUGAAAUUAAAAUUUGAAGAAGCAAUUUCUGUGCCCGAGUCAGAGAGGCGGUCAGUGGCUGAUUCCAUUGAUUUCCAUACCAUAGAGGUGGAGCCACAAUACACUGGGGCAAGGAUAGAGGGGGAUGUUGUUACUUUGGAUUUUGUUAAGAAAAUGAUGGAGGAUUUCAAGAAUCAAAAGUAUUUACACAAAAGAUAUGCAUUCCAGAUUGUCUUACAAACAAGAGAGUUGUUGCAAGCCCUGCCUUCUCUUGUUGAUAUUAAUGUUCCUAAUGGCAGUCGCUUUACUGUUUGUGGAGAUGUACAUGGUCAGUUCUAUGAUCUGCUAAAUAUUUUUGAGCUUAAUGGGCUGCCCUCGGAAGAGAAUCCAUACCUGUUCAAUGGUGACUUUGUAGAUAGGGGAUCCUUUUCUCUGGAGGUCAUCCUCACGUUGUUUGCAUUCAAGUGCAUGUCCCCAUCAGCUAUCUAUCUUGCUAGAGGAAAUCAUGAGAGCAAGAGUAUGAACAAGAUAUAUGGUUUUGAGGGUGAGGUUAGGUCGAAGCUGAGCGAAACAUUUGUAGAACUCUUUGCAGAAGUAUUCUGUUGUCUACCAUUGGCUCAUGUAAUAAAUGAGAAGGUUUUUGUAGUUCAUGGUGGUCUUUUCAGUGUUGAUGGGGUGAAACUGUCUGAUAUCCGAGCAAUUGAUCGAUUUUGUGAGCCUCCUGAAGAAGGACUAAUGUGUGAAUUGCUAUGGAGUGAUCCACAACCUUCCCUGGGAAGGGGUCCUAGUAAGCGAGGAGUUGGUCUGUCCUUUGGUGCAGAUGUGACAAAAAGAUUUUUGCAAGACAACAAUCUAGAUUUAGUUGUUCGGUCUCAUGAAGUAAAAGAUGAAGGUUAUGAGAUCGAGCAUGAUGGUAAACUUAUUACUGUAUUUUCUGCACCAAAUUAUUGUGAUCAGGCAUUUCGUUCAUUGUUGAAAUUUUCCUUUGAUGUCAAUCAGAAAGGAACCUGAUGGUGCCUUGUAAAAUGUAUGACCCCUUUUCAUCUUUGUGUCUAUAACAUUUGUUCCUAUUUAUGCGAACAAUAAAUUUGGUGUGUUUCUAUGUUCGGGAUGCAUUAUUCUUGCUUAAGUUUUAUAUUGCUGCUGCUUUGAUGGUGAGGAAUAGAAAUCUUGUCCCCAUUUCUAAUAAAGUUUACGGUGCUCC